AUGAUGGCUGCAGGUGACUUGAGCUUAAGUUCAACAAGCUUUGUGAGCAGGAGGUUAAAUACUUCUACCUUUGUUAUCUCAGAGGAUGAUUCGUAUGGAGAACAACCAUAUAUCUACGUUAAAUUGGGUUUCAAUUACGUGAUCAUAACGGAUACGGGAUGCAAUUCGCCUCGAGACAGGACAAUCAAACUUACAUCACUACGCAAAUUCAUCGAAGAAUACCCCAUUUUAUCCUUCAAUAAUCAGAGUUUAAAUCCGAAUGGCGAGAAGCGAUAUAUCAUAAUCUGCACUCAUUGUCAUUAUGAUCAUAUUCUUGGUCUCCCAGAGUUUCUGUCGACAAACCCUACCAUUGUAGCCUCGGAGAAUGGUAAAUCUUUCAUCCUCGAAGAUUUGCCGACGAGCUCUCUUUGUCAAUAUAUGAACGUAUCGACACCGAAUUACAAAGUGUCACAUUGGGCUCGUCAGCUGGAGUACUUUUCGAUGCACAACACCCAUUUCCGCAUUCAGUUCAUUCAAAUCCCAGGCCAUACACCCGACUCACUUGCCUGGUAUGAUAUUGAAGAACAAUAUUUGUUUGUUGGGGAUACUCUCUACACAAGACACAGAUAUCCCGUCAUAUUCGAGCUUCCAGAUGAGGCAGAUCAAAACCCUAGUCUGCCUUCUACUCAAGCCGCGAUAAUCUUUCCGGAAGAGGGAGGCAAUUGGAUUCAAUACAUGACAUCACUUGACUUACUCUCAUCUUUCGCAAAGCAUCGAAAUUCUGAACUCAGUAGGCUACAUGAAUCGAGCGAGACAGCGGCACCAAGAGUACGACUUGCUUGUGGCCACUUGACGUAUGCGGUAGAUGCGGAGGAGAUGAUUCUUGAGGUACAAGCUUUGUUCUGGAGGAUAAUUUCGGGAAAGGUUACAGUGAAAAGGACUAACGUGAAGAGAGGGGUCAUACACGACUAUUGGUUGGAGAAUGAUGAGUCUAAAUACGGAGUCAUGGCACCUCGUCAUCUCGCCGAGGAGGCGAGGCUACACUUUCAACCCAAGCAAUGA